AAGAAAUCACUUUCGGUCGGAGCAAAAACGUAGCAAAACAUCGAUCCUCCGAGAUUCAGGAUUUGGUAAUGGCGGCUAUGUCAGCGGUUCUGUCUCUGGGUUUAGGCACACUCCGCCCUUCGCAUCGUUCCUUGUCCUGUUUCGAUUCUCUCCGGCACCAGACAUCUUUUCUCCGUUGCCACCAAAGUCUCAUCUCUAGAAAUACGAAGUCUCCGCUCAACAAGAUUCUUCAGGCUUGCCUUCAAUCCAAUUAUGCAAAUGCUGAUGCGUUGGUGUCAUCAUCCGAUGAAAGUUCUGAGAUUGUAUUUAUGGGUACCGGAACCAGUGAAGGGAUUCCUCGUGUUAGCUGCCUCACUAAUCCUUUGAAAACAUGUUCGGUAUGCACAAAAGCAACAGAACCAGGAAACAAAAAUAGGAGGCUUAACACCAGCAUUCUUGUUCGAUACAUUAGACCAUCAGGAACAUGUAACAUCCUAAUUGAUUGUGGCAAGUUCUUCUACCAUAGUGCCCUUCGAUGGUUUCCCACCUUCGGGCUAAGAAUACUUGAUGCAGUUGUAAUUACUCAUUCUCAUGCUGACGCAAUUGGAGGUCUUGAUGAUCUCCGUGAUUGGACAAACAAUGUUCAACCUCACAUUCCAAUUUACACUGCUAUGCGUGAUCUUGAGGUGAUGAAGAAGACCCAUUAUUACUUGGUUGAUACAAGUGUCAUCAUACCCGGAGCUGCAGUCUCAGAGUUGGAGUUUAAAAUCAUACACGAGGACCAACCAUUUGUGGUAAACGAUCUAAAGAUUACCCCAUUACCGGUGUGGCAUGGAAGUAACUACCGUUCCCUUGGUUUCCGGUUUGGUGAUGUUUGCUACAUAAGCGAUGUCAGUGACAUACCGGAAGAAACCUACCCACUCCUUAAAGACUGUGAUCUCCUAAUUAUGGAUGCUUUGAGGCCUGACCGGUCUUCAGCAACACACUUUGGCCUCCCAAGGGCGUUAGAGGAAGUUCGGAAAAUCAAACCAAAAAGAACUCUUUUCACCGGAAUGAUGCACUUGAUGGACCACGAGAAGGUAAGCGAAGAACUGGAGAAAAUUAGGGAAACAGAAGGCCUCGAUGUCCAAUUGAGUUACGAUGGUCUUCGUGUUCCAAUCUCAAUUUAACUCGGUUUAUUCGUAUUUUUGCCGGUAUAACCGGUUCAUAAUCAUAUACCUUAAAUAAAUAUCGAUUUCUUUU